AUGCGCGAGGAUUUUCAUCCAAUGGAUCACCGAGGAGGUAACCCAUCCCCUCUGAAUGGGGGUCCAUAUCCGGAUCAACGUCCACCUUAUGGACGUGACGACUUUCGUGGCCGGUACCGUAGUAAUAGUCGAGAAAAUUACGAUAUGAGAUUCCGUGGACCACGUAAUCGUAGUCGCAGUCGCAGUCCACCACGUCGUGGUCGUGGUCCACCACCCGAUUGGGAGUCGGGACCUCGUUUCGAUGACGCUGGACCGUCUCGUCGUGACGCACGUCCUUCAUCGUCAUUGCCGGAACCUCUGUUAUCUUAUAAAAUUUGGAUGAUGCGACAAACGGAUGAGUCAUCACCUGAAGUGUAUCAACAACGGUAUGAAGAAUACAAGAAGAAACACGUACAACGUGUUUUACGUGCAUUUUUUGAAGUGCACAAACGGGAAGAAUGGAUGCAAGAACGUUAUUCGCCGGCAUUACGUCAUCGUGUUGAGAAACACAAGACAACGCAACAAAUCAGUGAAGCCCAACAGUUUCAUGAACGUCUACGCACGGGAACAGCCAAGAUUUGUCUUGAUGAACAAAUAUCUAUUGACAAUGGAGGAACCUCGAUGGCCGAAGAUUUUGCCAAUGAUCUUGAGCAUAGUGCACGGGUCUUGUACGUACGCCGUGUGCCAUGUGCUUGCCCUGUUGGUACACUUAGUGAGACUAUCAAGAAAGCGGGAGGUCCUUUUGUACAUUUGUACUUGUCAGACCCGGCGAAAAAAAGUGCGUUUGACUUUGACCGCUCAGCGUACAUUAUCUACGAGAGUGCGGCUGCUGCGAGUGACGCUAUUUCCAAGAUUCAUAACACGUUUGUUGAAGAUGGUAACCAGUUCCCGCCAUUUCGUCUUCAGGUGUCUCCUCACCGUGCUCGUGCGCCGCUCAAGACUCCCUCGUAUUUGUCGGUACCUGAACGUCUGACUGCCGACUACAAGCAGUCUCUUGCGUUGGCAAAGGCUUUGGACGCACGUUUGUUUCACAAUGCCAAAGAGAAGCUGGCACGCUUCGGUGUUGAGGCUCUGCUGACAUCAGAGGAGGUUGCGCAAAGCUACUCAACUGACAAGGAGAAGCUGGAUGUUGUCGUGGCGUAUUUGCGCCGGGUGCACCACUAUAUUUAUUAUGCCGGUGUGCAGUGCCUCGAUAUGGGCGAUAUCAUGCAUGCCCAUCCUGCGCUGUUUUGCCGCCCUCCGCCUUCAGCUCGUGAUAUUGAAGAAGAGAAGGCUCGACAGGAAGCUGCGGUAACCAGUGCUGCGAUAUCGGCGGACGAUGUUACAACAGAAGAAAACAAGGACAACGCAGCAAAUACGGAAACAGGAGAAAAGGAUUCGUCAGUUUCCGCCACGACAGGAGAGACCGCUAAGGCUAUUGGUGGAUGGGCGUCAGCUUUGGAUGAAAAGGUGCAGGCGUAUCUGAAGGAGCUGGCGCCGGAAGUCGUGGAAGCUAAGCGCACUAAGAACCGUGCGUUGGUUGACGAGGUUGAAGCUCGCGAAGAGGCUGCACUGGAAAGCACGUACGCAAACUAUGGCGAGAAAGCCAGUGAUGACGGCAAGCAUCGUUGUCGCUUAUGUACUAAGCUCUUCAAGGCCAUGGACUUUGUGAAGAAGCACAUUCGCAACAAGCACCCGGAACUGGUGGUAGAUAAGGUUGCCGAAGUUGGCGAGAGUUACAUGUGGGAGCAGUACCGUGAGGAUGAACAUCAUCCGAUGCCCCCACUUGAAACUAGCAACAGCAUGUCUGGUGGUGCCGUGCUUGGUGGACGCGGAGGCCACCAUGGUGGUCGGAAUGGAGGUGGUUAUCGUGGACGCCCUGACCGAGAUUUUGGUGGCGGUGGUGGCCGAGGAUUCUACCGCGACGAUGGUUUCCGCGGUCGCGCUCCGCCAAUGCGCGAUGAUUGCAUGCGAAGAGGGUCGUUUGAUCGACCGCCGCGCUCGCCUCCCCGACACAAUGGCGGCGGUGGGUACGGUCGAUCACCUUUGCGCGGUCCUCCACCUGCUGGGCCGCGAGUUCCAGACAGCGAGCUGCCAACGGACCCUCGCCAAGUGUCGACGUCGUAUCGCGACUUGGAUAACUUGCAGGAUACCAAGGUGGAGCUGAGCUUUGAUGCACUUGAUAGUUUGCCGCCUCCUAAGAAGAAAACCAAGGUGUGA